AUGCUACCUAAAUUUCGUAACCACAAGAGGUCAAAUUCAGAUCUCAUUGCCAACGAUCCAUUCCGUACUAUUGAGAAGAAUGCUUUGAGCAUCUUUGACGCAGAUGUUCCUACAACACCGCGUCGUCGACAGAGCGACCUGAUACCUAACGAUCCUUUCCGCCAAAUCGAACUUAACGCCGAGAAAAUAUUUGACGUAAAACCUGAAAUAAAACGUCGUCAUAGUUGCGACCUCAUUCCUAAUGAUCCGUUUCGAACGAUAGAGCUCCACGCUCCAGAAAUAUUUGGCGACUUACCGACUCGUAAGAGAAAGAGUGAAUUUAUUGUUAACGAUCCCUUCAGGGCUAUCGAACUUAACUCGGAGGAAAUUUUUCACUAA